AUGCUGAAGUCAAGAACCUUUUCGAGAGCUCUGGUCUCGAAACUCACACUGCGUGCAUAUUCCAGCAUCCCAUUGAAAGUACCCAUCACUCUACCAUCAGGCGUCACAUAUGAGCAACCAACGGGUCUCUUCAUCGGCGGACAGUUUGUGCCUUCUCGCCAACACAAGACUUUCGAAGUCAUCAACCCUUCCACAGAAGAAGAAAUCACACACGUUUACGAAGCUCGUGUAGACGAUGUUGAUGUCGCGGUCGCCGCGGCCAAACAUGCUUUCGAAGAUUCCUGGAGCACCGCCGAUCCCGAAUUCCGUGCGCGCUGUCUUUACAAACUCGCAGACCUCGUAGAGCAACAUGCGGAAAUCCUGGCGAGCAUUGAAUCGCUCGACAAUGGUAAAUCGCUACUCUGCUCGCGUGGCGAUGUGGACCUAGUGUCAAAAUACCUACGGUCUUGUGCUGGUUGGGCUGACAAAAUGUUCGGUCGUACCAUCGAAACAGGAUCCACACACUUCUCAUAUACUCGUCGUGAGCCGCUAGGUGUAUGCGCUCAGAUUAUUCCUUGGAAUUUCCCAUUAUUAAUGUGGUCCUGGAAGCUAGGUCCCGCCUUGGCUACCGGUAAUACCGUGGUCUUGAAACCAGCAGAGGCUACUCCACUAUCCGCUCUUUACGCUUCCCAACUUGUCCAAGAAGCCGGUAUUCCAGCUGGUGUCGUGAACAUUUUGCCAGGGUUUGGUAAACUCAUAGGCGAAAGAUUAUGCACUCACAAGGACAUCAAGAAGGUGGCAUUCACUGGUUCAACCGCGACCGGUCGCCACAUUAUGCGCACUGCUGCUGAUACUAUUAAGAAAGUCACUUUGGAACUGGGAGGUAAGUCCCCAAACAUUGUCUUUGCGGACGCUGACUUGGACAAAGCUGUGCGUACUAUUGCAUUUGGUAUUUUCUUCAAUUCUGGUGAAGUAUGCUGCGCUGGUUCUCGUGUCUACGUUCAGGAUACCGUUUACGAAGAAGUUCUACAGAAGUUUAAGGAAUACGCCGAGUCAUUGAAGGUUGGCGAUCCCUUUGAAGAGGGAGUUUUCCAAGGUGCGCAAACUUCUCAAAUGCAAAUUGAUAAGAUUUUGGAUUACGUCGAAAUUGGCCAGGGCGAAGGUGCCCGCGUCGUCACCGGUGGUGAACGUUUGGGAGACAAAGGUUACUUCGUGAAACCAACAAUUUUCGCUGACGUUACUGAAGAUAUGCGUGUUGUUAAAGAGGAGAUUUUUGGUCCCGUAGUUACCGUCUCCAAGUUCUCGACUGUGAACGAGGUUAUUGAAAUGGCGAACGACAGCGAAUACGGUCUUGCGGCUGGUAUUCACACCAAGGAUGUCAACAAAGCCAUCGAUGUUUCUAACCGUGUCAAAGCCGGUACUAUCUGGAUCAACACAUACAACGACUUUCACCAAAGUGUGCCUUUCGGAGGAUUUGGACAAAGUGGUAUUGGCCGCGAAAUGGGUGCCGAAGCCUUGGACAACUAUACACAAGUCAAGGCUGUGAGAAUGUCUAUUGAUCGUGCCGAACGUUGA